UUCCACGAAAUAUUUUCGUUUUGUUUGUAUUUUAGAUGGUGUGGUAAAAUGUAAAGUUUUUGUAUUAGUUAUAUUUUAAUCUUUUCAAACUAGUUUUUAAAAUAUAUUGUUUCAUAAUUUGUUUUGGUGUACAAUAAAUCUUUUUUUCUAACUGUUUUUGUGGUCAUUUGUAAGAUUGAAAUUUUGCAUCAUGUCGAAAACAAUGGAUACUUCUCAGUGGAUUCAGUUUUUUCGUAAAGCUGGACUUCCAUCAAAUGUUGCUGCUAAUUAUGCAAUCAUUUUCUUUGAUAAUCGCAUUCAAGUGGACAUGCUUUUGGACUUAUCUAAAGAAUAUUUAUAUGAUAUGGGCAUCAAAGUAAUGGGAGAUGUUAUUGCCAUACUAAAGUAUGCUAAAGAGUUUCACAACCAAUUAGCCAAAGAGAGAAUGAUUGGGCAUACUGCCACUGUGAGCAAAAAUACUGUUGCUGAACGCAUGGUUGGACGAUACACAAGACCUGUUGUUCCAUCCCCAGUUCGAAGUCCUGUUGGUCAGUCAGAAAGAGUGGUUCAAAACAGAUCUACAAUUAUUAGCUUGAAGAGAAAACCUGCAGAAGAAUCUCCAGUAAAAAAAGUUCGAAGAGUACCCCCGGAAGAAGAAGGAGCUUACAAAAUAAAAAUGCCAUUAGGAAUCACUGAAAAAACCCGUAAGAUUUUACAACAACAACAAGGUUCGAAGAGGUCAGUAUUCGCUCGCCUUGGAGAUAGUGCAGUCAGUAGUUCUACAGAUUCUAAGGUUACAUCAUCUGUUUUUGAGAGAUUAGGGCCAUCAGGUAAAAGUGUACCUGACAAUACUCCUAGUUCAACAGUUUUUAGUGAUUUUGAUAGGCCUUCUAAAACUGAGCAACCAUUACAGUAUAGAGGAGUUCUAAAAUUAACGAGUAGUAAAAAUAGGACAGUCACUUCUACAUCUCCAAAGAAAGGUAUUGCAUCUCGUACUGUGAUCAGGCCUGGUGGAAAUAAAAGAGAAACUAUACGAAACGAAACUAACUUUACAAAAACUAUAAAACUGAAUGAGAUUAAUAGCAUUCUUCAAGCAAAUAAGUCGCCUGGCUCACAUAUGGUACGGACAGUAAAGAAUAUAGGAAGUCAGGGAAUUUUUGGUCACACAGUGCAAAAAUUAAAUGUGAAAAGCCGGUUAGGUGGCAAGGUUGGUGCUCGUAAUAUAACCAGAACCAAGAUUAUGUUUUCUAAGCACAAAGUACCUCUGAAUGGUCAGUCAAAUGUAUUUGAAAGACUUGGAUGAGAAGAUAAAAGUUUUCACCAUCAUAAAGGACAAACAAAAAAAACCUUUAAAAAAAAUGCUCAAAAUAUAAUGGCUAAGAAGUGCUGUCAUAAUCAUCAUCAUCUUUACAUUUACAGUAAGGAAAAUUGCAACAUGGUUGUAA